UUUAAAUACGCCGCUGUCGCAGACGAAGUAAUUUAGGACUUCCGGACAUGCGCGCAGCGUUGUGCCCAGGAAUUCCUUAACUUGGACGCGAGGUAGACCCAUAGAGCUUCUUGCUUUGCAUAGGGGCUGUGUGCGGGGCAAUGACAAGAUUAGCCUUGGGACCCCCGACUUUUUGCCCGAAAGAGGGAGGCGACGUGAGCUAGUAUCAGCGUUGGGGCAGGCGGGGGCUGUGGAGGGAGAAGCAGGUGGAGACACUGGUUGUGCUCGGGGUACUUUGGAUGCGCCAGAAGGCAACCCCGCCAGAGACUAGUUCUGCGACUUGGUGGCGGAAAGCCAAUAGGCCUGACUGCAGUGGAGCGUUGGCAUUUGAAGGAAGAGCAGGAGGGGAAAAGCGCUACCUGCUGCCUUUCUAACAUCUCCGCAGAAUCUGCCCCCAACCAACGAUUCCCCAAUCUUGGGUCAGCCACUCGUCUCCGCCCCGCACCCUCGUCAAGAAGUCUGCUGUCUAGGAAUACUGCCUAUUUGUGUUAAACUCCACGUGGGCUUCUAGCCUCCCUCCAGCUCAGUUCCACUCUUUGUAUUACUAAGAUGCUCAGUUGUAAUUCCCUGAACAUUACGUUCUUCCCAAGGUGUUCUAGCUAACCCAGUAGCUUAGAAGGUCUUUAUAUCCUCUUCCUUCUACUGGGGAAAGAGUACAUCAUUAUUCUUUACUAGGACAGUCCUAAAACUGCUCUCGAUGACUGCUUUCCAGCUCUUGGACUUCAUCACAUUGAUCUGCUCAGUGCCGUCAUUCAUCUUACUGUAACGUCUUUUUGGACUGUGUCGUUUUUUCUACUCAAACACCUCCAGUAGCUAUAUGUUGACCACUUGACACAUUCCAAGUUCUUGGUUGGGCAUUCACUGUCUAGCAUUUUGGUUCUAAUCCUAGCUGUAUUUUCCAGAACUGUACUACAAAACUUUUCCUCCUAUUGUUCAUGUAUCUGGGCUGUUUAGUUUUCCCUAACACAUUGCAUAUUUGGUUUGUAUGUACUUAGGAUAUGUCUCUACCUUAUUUCUAUGUCUUGAAUUGUUUGGAGGACUUAAAUGGUCCCUUGUAUUAUGCUUUCUCUGGUUAUCAUAAGUGAAAGUGAUCCGUUGGUUCCUUUAUAUCAGUCAGAGACAACCUUUCUGAGUUGUGACUGAGGAAUUACUAAUUUAAUCAGCGGCAACAGUUAACACAAGGAAUUGAAGAAAGCCAUUGUAAUUGGAGUAUAGUGCGUAAUGGGAAAGGGUACAAGAUAAAUUUGGAGAACAGAUAGAGUCCAGAAUCUUAGCGGUCUCUGGAAGCCAAGGCAUUGUUAUUUAAGAAUGGAAGAGGAUACAGAUUUUAGGAUCAGGUUUAGUUCCUUGCGUUUCAUUACUGAUCAUGUUGGAUUUCAUGGCACUAUAAAAAGCUUACCAAGUGACUUUGUUGUUAUAGAGAUUGAUGAACAGGGACAGUUAGUUAAUAAGGCCACCAAUGAGCUGAUUAGUAAAAUACAACCUGAGCCAAAUAAUUUUGCCAAAAAGACAAAACUUGAUUUUCAAAAUUUAUCCUUUAAAGAGGGAAGGAACCAAGAAUUCAGUACUUUCACUGGGUGCUCUGAUGAUGACCACAAUGAUCAGUCUCCUUCAGAAAAGGAAGAUACUAUCAGUGAUGGAACUUCCAAAAGUGAAGAAGAAAAAGUUCACGUUUUAGGCAACUUGUUAGAUGAAAAAACUAACGAAUUACUGAAUCACUUUGCCUGCGAUAUAAAAGAGAAGUGGAAUUCUAAAACUGAGCUAAUUGGAUCAUCUCCUGAAUUCUCACUGGGCAGAAUCCUUGACAAAAACCAGAGGGCUAUUUUGCAUAGUGCUAUUAGGCAGAAAUUCCCCUUUUUAAUAACUGUUGGUAGAAACAGUGAGAUUGUUGUAAAACCAAAUCUUGAGUUUAAGGAACUCUGUCACUUGGUAUCUGAAGAAGAAGCAUCGGACUUCUUUAAAUAUUUGGAUGCAAAGAAAGAAAAUUCCAAAUUUACCUUUAAACCUGAUACAAACAAAGACCACAGAAAAGCAGUCCAUCAUUUUAUCAACAAAAAGUUUGGAAACCUUGUAGAAACCAAAUCUUUCCCCGAACUUAGUUAUAAUGCUGGUAAUCCAAAUGUAGUGAUUACAGUAAGAUUUCGGGAAAAAACACACAAGCACAGGAAAAGGUCUCUUUUUGAAUGCCGGGAUCAAAAAGUUAUAUAUACAGCCUUUACCCUACGGAAAGAAAAUCUGGAAAUGUUUGAAGCACUUGGAUUUUUAGCUAUCAAACUUGGUGUGAUUCCUUCAGAUUUUAGUUAUGCAGGCCUAAAAGACAAGAAAGCCAUCACCUAUCAAGCAAUGGUUGUUAGAAAAGUGACUCCAGAAAGGUUGAAAAAUAUUGAAAAAGAAAUUGAAAAGAAAAGAAUGAAUGUGUUUAAUAUUCGAUCUGUAGAUGAUUCCCUUAGACUCGGUCAGCUCAAAGGAAAUCACUUUGAUAUUAUCAUCAGAAAUUUAAGAAGCCAAAUAAAUGACUCUGCAAACCUGAGAGAAAGAAUUUUGGAGGCAAUAGAAAAUGUUAAGAAUAAAGGAUUUGUAAAUUACUACGGACCACAGAGAUUUGGGAUGGGAAGGAAAGUUCACACCGACCAGAUUGGACUGGCUUUGCUGAAGAGUAAAAUGGUGGAGGCUAUAAAAUUAUUUCUUACACCGGAAGAUCUGGAUGAUCCUGUAAAUAGAGCAAAGAAAUAUUUUCUUCAAACUGAGGAUGCUAAAGGCACACUUUCCUUGAUGCCUGAGUUCAAAGUUCGUGAGAGAGCACUGUUGGAGUCGUUGCAUCGCUUUGGCAUGACAGAGGAGGGUUGUAUCCAGGCAUGGUUUUCUUUUCCCCACUCAAUGCGCAUAUUCUACGUUCAUGCAUAUAGCAGCAAAAUUUGGAAUGAGGCAGUAUCUUACAGACUUGCAACCUAUGGAUCAAGAGUUGUAGAGGGUGAUUUGGUCUGUUUGGAUGAAGAUAUUGAUGAACAUUUCCCAAAUAGUAAAGUUCAUCUAGUAACUGAGGAAGAGGAAUCAGCUGACACAUAUGCAAUACAUCAGGUGGUUCUUCCAGUGCUUGGAUACAAUAUUCAGUACCCGAAGAACAAAGUUGGGCAGUGGUACCAGGAAGUACUUAGCAGAGAUGGACUACAGACAUGUAGGUUUAAAGUACCGACUCUGAAGCUCAAUGUUCCAGGAUGCUAUAGACAGAUACUGAAACAUCCCCGUAAUGUCUCAUACCAACUAAUGGAAGAACAUGAUACUGAUGUCAGAACUGAAGGUUCUCACAUUGAUGAAGCAACUUUAUCUCUUUUGAUCUCUUUCGAUCUUGACGCUUCAUGUUAUGCAACAGUCUGUCUGAGGGAGAUAAUGAAGCAUGACUUUUAGAACCACUACCCUUGAUAAAACCAUAUAUAUGUUACUCUUUAAAAGGAAGGAAGCUAAAAUUUCCUGUGCACCUUCCAUGUGCUAGGAGCCUUAUAAUUUUUAUCUCCUGUGAUUAUAAAACAUCCUGCUGAAGUGGGAGUUUGGUGCUGAUGUUCUAGAGGACUUAUAGCUAGUAAGCAGCAGGAUCUGGAUUUAAGAUCCUAAAACCUAUGUUUUUUCUAUUAUCUAAUAUAUCAGUGAUGUUUAUUCUGUGCUAUAAAAUUUAUAAUAUUUCUUGACUAUUCAAAACAAAUAAUAUGGCAAGAUAACAUGGAAGAAAAAAAACAUGUUUGAAGUAAUGUUUAUAUCCCCUAGCUCCUUGCUUAGAAUGUAGAUGAAACUAGAUUGUAAUAUGGUUGGAGAGAAAGAGAAAUGAAGCAUUUUGUUAAUUAUAAUCAUCAUUCUUUUCUGUUUUUGAAAUUAUUGAUCAGAAUAACACAUUAGGGAAAUAUAAUCCCUAUGUUUAUGAUAGCUACCCCAGGGUAGCUUACCCCUUUAUGAGAUAACUUAUCUUCAGUGAAGAUUGAAAUAAAAUUUUUCAUACAAUUUCUUUAUCUCAGUAUACGUUGACCCUCUUGACUUUCUGUGAUAUUUUUACCUAUUACCUAAAACAUAGAUUUUAGAGUCAGACACACCUGGGCUCACACUCCAGCUUUGACACUUGCUAGUGAUGUUGGGUAUGUUAUUGAUUCUUUUUGAGGCUUACUUAAAGAAUCAAGAUAACAACAACCUCCUAAGCAACAAGUAAGAGGAUUGUCUCCACCUUCUAUGUUGCUAGAGGGAGAAAAAAUUUUGCCCAUUUGAAGACUGAAUUAUUUGUCCCACAUCAUAAAUCAUCCUUAACCACUUUAUAUCAGUUAAAUUUGGGAGGGAUGGUAUAUAUUGAUCAGGAAGAGCCAAUCAUUCUUUCAAUGCUGGUGGUAUAACAUGAUGAUGAAAUUAAAGAAGCAGUAUAGAGUAUUACGUGUCAGUAAUGUUGCACUUCUUUAUACUCAAGUCAGUGAAACUGUUUUGGGCAUAGUAGCAUAAGGAAAUAAAAUUCAAAAGAAGGAAGAGUCAUAUGCACUGCAAAAUUGCUCAUUGCAACAUUUUUAUAUAAAAUGAAAGAAAUUAUAAAUAGUUUGAAAGUCCAGCAUUAGACAACAAAGUAAGUAAAAUGAGAUGUAUUGACUUGAUAGCAAAAUAUGUACUUAUUAAAAAUGAUGAUAAAAGUUUAGGUAUGUGAGAAAGUGUUGCCGCUCAAAAAUAAACAUAGAUAUUACAAAUGCAGUAUAUAUGCACACUGACAGCAGCUUUUACAAAGAGAGGCGCUUUGGCAUAGUGAUUAAAAGCAUAGUUACUGUGGAAAAACUCCCCAAGUUUGAACCUUGGCUCUGCCACAUGGCAUGUGGCCUUGAGACAAGUUCCUUAAGCUUUGUGUGCUUUGGUUUCAAAAUCUGUGAAAUGAGAAUGGCAAUGUACCUACCUCAUAGGAUUAUUGGGAGGAUUUACCAAGUUCACGGAUGUAAAGCAGCUUAGAAAAGUACCUGCUAUUUAGUUAUUGUUAAAUAAGUAUCCACAGAUGCAAGUUUGGAAAGGAAAAGAAAAAAAUAUGAAAAUAAGUUUCUUUUUUGUCAUUAUAUAUUUUAAUAAUAAAUCUCAGAACACAAAAAUUGGACUUUGUAGUACCAUUGGAUUUUUUAAAUUACCUUUAUCAUUAAUAUUUAUUGAAAAUAAAAUGCUAUAUUACAUAGUAAAAAAAUUUAGAAAAAAAUGUGCCAUUUCAUAUACUAAAUUAUAUUCUGCAAAUGUAAUCAGAAAGUGAAUUAUGGGGACGCCUGGGUGGCUCAGUUGGUUGGACAACUGCUUUCGGCUCAGGUCAUGAUCCCGGAGUCCCGGGAUCGAGUUCCACAUCAGGCUCCCAGCUCCACGGGGAGUCUGCUUUUCCCUCUGACCUUCUCCUCGCUCAUGCUCUCUCUCACUGUCUCUCUCUCAAAUAAAAAAAAAAAAAAAAAAAAAAAAAAAAAUCUUUAAAAAAAAAAAAAAAGAAAGUGAAUUAUGUAAAUUAUUCAAUUCUAGAUGUCUCUUAAAUAUUGAGUAGCAAUUAGAAAAUAUGAAAGCAUUAAAGUGUGCUAUCAUUGAUAUUAUUUUCUUUGCCUGUAGAUGGCACUAUAAUUUUAGAUAUCUUAUCUAUUUAAUACUGGGCCAUACAUAAGGACAGACUCACUAAACUUUUUUCAAGUCACUAUAAAAUGUAUUCAGAUACUGUUGAUGUGGAAAAUUAUUUUAUAUGCCUAUAAUAUUUGACAUGUUGAUUUUUAUUCAGCAUUAGACCUUGAAUAUACUUUGGACCAUAUGAUGACCAGUCCCUAGCAUUUUGCAGUUUUCCUGGGCAUUUCAGGCCUUCAGAAGGAUAAUCUUUGAAUUAGUUUUAAUUUUUUUUUAAUUUUUAUUUUUAUUUGACAGACAGAGAUCACAAGUAGAGAAGCAGGCAGAGAUAGAGGAGGAGGAAGCAGGCUGCCUGCCGAGCAGAGAGCCCGAUGUGGGGCUCGAUCCCAGGACCCUGGGCCCAUGACCAGAGCCAAAGGCAGAGGGUUUAUCCCACUGAGCCACCCAGGCACCCCUAGUUUUAAUUUUCAAGGUUGCUUUUGAAACUAAGCAUUAGUGCCUCAGGAUUACUAAGGUAAAACAAAUUGAGGUCUUUUUAUUAAGCUAAAAACACUGAUGUUUUUGACUUAGGCAAAACUGAAAGUCAUACGCAAGUUUCAAUUGAACAUUUAUUGUUUGUGGUACCGGCACUUUGUCACUUCUCUCAUUUUAAUCCAUGUACCCAAGCUUUAGGUAGGUAGUAUUUUCCCUGAUUUUGCAGAUGGAAAAAUAUCUGAGUGGUUUACUGACAUAUCGAAGGUCAAACAAGAUAGUAUGUGGCUAAACUUGAUUAUGUUUUGUAGAUCAGUACUGUUUUCAUCUACCUAAUAUUUGCUUUCUGAAAACAA